GAAGGGACGGUGAUUUUAUUUCUAUGACGCAUACCAAACAAGUGGACAGAGGGACUAAAUGAUUCAGCUGUUACCAUGCUGGCUGGAAAUCAGGAGAUGUACUGGAGUUUCCUUGCUACAAGAGAUUUUUUGAUACCAGGAAUCUGAGGAAGUAAUUAGUCUUCAUGUUCCUCUCUCUCAAAUAUUCAGCUGUUAUAGCAAAGAACACUACAAAACACACUAAAUACAAUCAGCUAUUUAUAUGUUUCUUUUUCUCUUUGUAAACUGUCUCCACUUUCUGAUGCUCUGCUCCCUCAAGACAUAACUGCACAUCCUCUUCACAUCCUCUCGUGCAGAAAAGCAUCUCCCAAGCCCAAAUUAAACCCCCUACUAAUUCUGAUUUUGUGCAUAUUUAGGGAGGGUUUGAUUUCAGUCUUACAAUUUUUAAGUAAGUACUCUCAGACACAUGAUUAGGGUCACCCCAUAGUUCUUAGAAUGUGUGCUAUAUAUAUGUAUAACUAACAUUAUGGGCACAGUCUUUUAAGCUGCACUGAUACAGCAUUAUUCCAUGCAAAGGUUUAUUCUUCAGUAAGGUGUAGAGCAAGUGAUUUUGGUGAUUCACAUCAAGACUUUAAGUAUUCCUUCUCUUUUAUGUUCAACUGUAGUAAAGAUUUACAGGCUUAUUUAAGGAAGAAGCAGUAUUACAUUGUUGGAAUACUUAGUGAAUAAGGGUAUGAUGCCCUCUGAAGUAAGUCCCCUCCUAGACAGGCACAGGUGAGUAACAGUGUGAGUCACUGUAUGAGUUCCAUUUACCUCAAUGAAAGUGUUCAUUCCAGAGUCAAGACUGUCAGCAGUCACUGUGGGUUUCAAGUUUACUACUUGAAAUCUUCAACUCAUGCAAAGACGUAUUUUUCAGCCUGGGCUGAAGUGGCUUUACAGCUUCAUGUUGAGUCACAACCCUACAGUGGUUUGCAUAAUGUGGCACACCCAUGUUGCAAAGUGACUCACUGCAGGCCAACAGCACAGAUACCUGAUGGGGCUGGGCUAAGGCAAGGCACAUAUGGACACUCCUGGUUGAAUCACAGCAUUGUAGUUUCUCUCCACUUUGGAGACCACAAGGAGAAUCUCUGGCACUUUGCACAGGCUUGGUCAGUGCUGCUAUGUGCCUGUCUCUGGAGAAACCUGUUACAACAGACCACAAUGAACGUGGAACAUGAAGUUAACCUCUUAGUUGAGGAGAUCCGGCGGUUGGGAACCAGAAAUGCUGAUGGACAAGUCAGCGUGAAAUUUGGUGUGCUCUUUGCUGAUGAAAAAUGUGCCAACCUCUUUGAAGCCCUAGUGGGAACUCUUAAGGCUGCAAAACGACGGAAGAUUAUUACUUAUCAAGGGGAGCUACUUUUACAAGGCGUUCAUGAUGACGUUGAUAUCAUGCUGCUGCAGGACUGAUGCAGUGUUUCAGCUAUGCAUUAAUGGAAUUGUUCAAGAUGAUGACUUGCAACGUCCUUUGAAUAAGGCUGAUCAUUCUAAUGUGUUUUGAUGCAUUUUCUACAUCUUUAUAGUCAAAAGGAAACUGUCCUAUUUUGGAAAACAUUCCCUUUUGUAAUUCUUCCUAAAAUUGUACUGUAUGUGAGUAAGGUAAUAUAUGGCGUAUCUUUCCUUUUUUUUUUUCAAAUCUCAGGUAAAGCUCUCAAAUGUCUGAUGGUUAUUUUUCAAAAUAUGAAGAAGAGGACCAGUAAUUUAAUGUUUACAAAUCAAAGCGUGCCAUGAAAAUGUAAAAUAAAAGCACAUGCUUAAAUUUAU